UCUGAUCUUAUGAACAAAGGUGUCUUCCUAUCAGAAUAUAUAUAUAUAAAUAUCACACCAUCGAUAUGCAAUUGCUUCACUUGUUAUCCUCUCUACUUCCUACAACUCUCUUACUGUUUCUCAGCGCGUCUCGGUUCCUCCAACAUCAUGGGAAAGAUCAAGAUUGGUGCAAUCAAGAUGAAGAUCAUGGAAUCUCUGUCCCAACUCUUGCACCUCAUAACAUCACACCUGCCGUCAAGAUUGCCAGCUUCUCCUCCUAAUAUUGACGACCUGGAAUCGCAAUCAUCGCAACCCCUUCCUUCUUUUUCUAGUACCAUCUCAGAAUCACAAUCUCCACAAGCGCGGCAUCCAACUUCUCCAGAAUCACCACCAAGAGGGCGACUGCCUCUUACCAUCAACGAAUCACAGCGAAACAAUGUUCUUGACGCGAAGCCGGACUUGGAAACCGAAUUAAGGAAGACACUCCUGAGUUUGUGCUUCACAGCAGCAAUUCAAAUCACGAUUCAGUACGUACAGGUUGCUGAAUCUGAAGCCCACUACCCCAUCAUUUUGAUCUCCUUAGCUGUUGUAGCUAUCUUUGCUUCCCUAAUUUUUUUAUUUGAAGUUUGAACAAUCAAGAGAUUUUCUUCUGCUGAUUGAAUCUUUUAGCCCUUUAUUGAAUUUCUGAUUUCACUACUCACCAAGGGUCCGAAAAAGAAGCUGGAUUCUACUGUUAUAAGUCAGGUACUUUCUCUUUUUCCUUUGCAAUGUUUUAUUUUGAGUUUAAUUGUGCUGGCAAUAAUCACUAAUCUACCAUUACUCAUGUCAUAAGGAGACAAGCUCACCUGACGCGACAUAUAUGGCUGAAGAGACUCUAUUUUUUUUAAAGAUAUCAACAUUUUCUUUUAAAUUAGCAGUCCUCUUUUUAUGUGAUUGGUUUACUGAAUUACCAGUUCGCUUGGUCCCUUGAUUUUAUUUUUUAACUUGGGAUAGACAUUAUGCCACUGAUUUACAUCAUCAUCUAUUUUCCUUCUAUUUAGAUGUUUUAAUAUUCCUUUAUAGUUUGACUUAUGAAAGCCACUUUUUUGAAACUUUUUUUUUUCUAAAUAGCUACAUUAAUUUCUGGUGAAAUUGAUGCUUAGCCGCUAUGCAUCUGGUGUUGUUAUUGCAUGAGAUUUCCAAGUAAUGGUUAAUAGUGAGCACCUGAUUUUGUCAUUGCAGCCUGUUAUUUUUGUAACAAGCUCAUGUUCCAAUGUUCAUUUUCCUGUUUUUCUAAAAACUAUCACCUACAUUGUUGUUGCCGCUAAUUUUGUUUUUCUUGUUAGUUCUCAGUUGGUUGGUUCAUGUAGUCUUUUAGAAUAGGGCAUCCAUUUACAAUACCUUUACA